UGUGCCUUUCGGCAAAAGUUUUCCUGUGCAAAUUGUUGUGAAAAGUGUAACUAUUCGGUAGUAAAUUCAACUCCGAAUUAUUUAAUCUGGACUGUUGCGCAGUCGUAAAGCGUGUGGCAAACGGUUGAGCAGGUUUUUCAAACGUAAUAUUCAGUAUACUCCAUCAACAUGACGAUUGUUAACCUCGAUCCGACCAACCUGGAAUUUUCCGUGUUCAGUACGGAGGAUAUCCGAAAAAUAAGUGUGACGAAGAUAACUCUACCUCGUUCGUUCAAUGAACUGGGCCAAGGCCUUCGCGGUGGACUGUACGAUCCAUGCAUGGGCCCGAGCUCUUUUGGUGAAAUCUGUGCCACGUGCAGCCGCGACAGCCAGAGAUGCGAAGGGCAUUUUGGGCACAUCGAACUCGACCUGCCCGUCUACAAUCCGUUUUUCGUGCGCCAUGUGUUCAGCAUUCUACGCAUAAGCUGUAUGCCGUGCAUGCGGAUCCAACUGCGCGAUGGGAUGAAGUCGCUGAUAGAGUUGCAGCUCCGCCUCGCCAACGCUGGUUACAUUGUGGAAGCGGAAGAGAUUGAAUUGUACAAGGCGAAGCUUCGGCAGAAUCCGAUGGAAGAGAUUCCGGAGGAGUUAAGUUCCUACGAGGAUCUGCUGCAGAAGGAACCGUACAAUAAGCUGGGCGAUACGAAGCUGUCUAGCGCGAUCCGGAAUGCUAUCGUGAACAGUACGAUAAGGGAUUGUACGGUAAAGACGUGCAUCCACUGCAAACAGCUGAUGACAAAAUUUAUAAUGAACGAUGGAAAGAUAAAGAUCCGCUGGACACAAGGCGAUAGGAAACUGUACUAUGAAGCGAAAAACAUUGAAACGACGGAUGACCAACUGAAAGCAUUCAACGAAGCACUGUUGGCAAGGGAAUGUAAGAUGCAGCUCCGCAAGCUGUACGAUACGGAGGGCUCCAUUUUGAAGCUUUUGGUGCCGAUGCUCGUCUCACAUGCCGGACGCGACUACCCGACGGAUAUAUUUUUCAUGGAAGCUAUUCCCGUUCCACCACCGAAGAUGCGUCCCGAGCGGCGUUUGCAAAAAGGAACUGUUGUGGAGCACCCUCAAUCGCUACUGCUUCGUAACAUCCUAAUUACAAACAGCACCGUGCGUGCCAUUUUAAUGUCCGUCGAGGAUAAACAAUUCGACGUGUCUGCCCCUAAGGAAGAUUCCGCUUCGUCUCUCACCACAGUGCAGCAGAUCGUAGAAAUAGCCAAGGGUGAGACGUUGCAGGAGAAGCUGUUCCACGCAUGGUACUCCCUCCAGACCAGUGUAAACCAGGUGCUGGACGUCAAUCAAUUGGCUAAGGGAAGCCAAGUCGCCUUUUCGCUGAAGCGUUUGAUAGAAAAAAAGCAAGGCCUGAUCCGCAUGCACAUGAUGGGUAAGCGAGUGAACCAUGCCGCUCGUACGGUCAUCACGCCCGAUCCAAACAUCGGCGUGGAGGAAAUCGGCAUUCCGAUGCGUUUCGCCAAGAAACUGACCUACCCCGUGCCGGUGACGCCCUGGAACGUUUCCGAGCUACGGCAGUGGGUGCUGAAUGGCCCGGCCGUGUACCCGGGUGCCAAUAUGAUUGAAGACUCUAACGGCCGCCAGAGCAAACUAUCGGCCAUCAACGUCACCCAGCGACAGUCGAUAGCUAAAACGCUGUUAACACCGCACGGUACCGCGACAGAUGGCGAUUCGAUCAAGAUCGUCCAUCGUCAUCUGCAGGACGGAGAUAUUCUGCUGCUUAACCGGCAGCCAACGCUCCACCGGCCGAGUAUAAUGGCGCACCGAGCGAAAAUUCUGUCGGGGGAGAAGAUCUUUCGCCUGCACUACUCGAACUGCAAGUCGUACAAUGCGGACUUUGACGGCGACGAAAUGAAUGCCCACUUGCCGCAGAACGAAGUGGCACGCAGCGAAGCGUACGGACUGGUAGCGGUGCCGUACCAGUAUCUGGUCCCAAAGGACGGCACACCGCUCGGUGGAUUGAUUCAGGAUCAUAUUGUGUCCGCGGUAAAGUUGUUCAUUCGGGGCAAAUUUUUCAACCGGGAGGACUACCAACAACUGACCUUCCAGGCACUAAGCAAUAAGAAGGGCAACAUUGAGCUGCUGCCACCAUCAAUCCUGAAACCGGUGCGCCUCUGGUCGGGAAAACAAAUCAUUUCCACUAUCAUCAAGAACAGCAUACCGAAGGACUUGCCGCACAUCAACAUGAUUGGCAAAUCGAAGCUCAACAACAAGCAUUGGCUUGUGCAACCGGCUCGACCCUGGCAGUACGGGGGAACACCGUUGGGUGAGAAUGAAAUGUCCGAAUCGGAAGUCCACAUUCGAGCGGGAGAGCUGCUGUGCGGCAUUCUCGAUAAGAACCACUUUGGUGCAACGCCGUACGGUCUGAUCCAUUGUAUGUACGAGCUGUACGGCGGUGUCUGUUCGACGGCACUACUGUCGUCGCUUUCGCGCCUCUUCACCUACUACCUCCAGUGGGAAGGGUUUACGCUGGGCGUGAAGGACAUUCUGGUGCAGGAGAAGGCCGAUCGGAAGCGCUCGAAGAUUAUACGUGAGUGUCGAGCGACGGCCGGCCACGAAGCGACCGCGGCUGCCCUCGAGCUUCCUCCGACCGUGUCCACUGAGGAAUUGUCCAAAAAGAUGGCCGAAGCGUACGCAAAAAAUCCCAAGUUUCGUGCCAUUCUUGAUCGAAAGUACAAGUCCGUACUUGAUACGUAUACGAACCGUAUUAAUAAUAUUUGCUUGCCCGAAGGGCUCAUCAGCCAGUUCCCGGAAAAUAACCUUCAGCUGAUGGUGCAGUCUGGUGCCAAGGGUUCUACCGUGAACACCAUGCAAAUCUCGUGCCUGCUCGGGCAAAUCGAGCUCGAAGGAAAACGUCCACCACUGAUGCUUUCGGGCCGUUCGUUGCCCAGCUUUGCGCACUUCGAAACCUCGCCCAAGUCGGGCGGAUUCAUCGACGGGCGCUUCAUGACUGGCAUUCAGCCGCAAGACUUCUUUUUCCACUGCAUGGCCGGACGCGAGGGUCUAAUCGAUACGGCUGUCAAGACCAGCCGAUCCGGGUACCUGCAGCGCUGCCUGGUCAAACACCUGGAAGGCCUGUCGGUGCAGUAUGAUAUGACCGUUCGAGACAGUGACGGGAGCAUCGUGCAGUUUAUGUUCGGCGAGGAUGGCAUGGACAUCUCCAAGGUACAGUUCGUCGGCAAUGUGAAGCAGACACGCUUUCUCGACCAAAACCGGGACGUGUUAGUGCGCAAAGAUGUUAUGGAGCGCUUGACGGCGGCAACAGAAGAGGAUCCGCUGAACGACGCCCUGCGUAAGCACCUGAAAAAGAUCAAGCGCUGGAAGAAGCAUCAUGGGUCGGUGGUGCAAAAGCAACGCAUUUCACCGUUUGCUGCGUUUUCUGUCGACCAAUCGGACGCCGUUCGGCAAGAACUUGCGAAGCCAGACAAGCUGCACGGUUCUACGGGGCGCACGAAGUUGACGAAAAAGUUAAUCAAGCUCUGGAGAAAGCUCGAUCCGAGCGAGAAGCGCGAGUAUGUCAAAAAGACUAGCCACUGCCCGGAUCCGGCCGCGGCCGUGUAUCGCCCAGAUGCGCACUACGGUGUCAUUUCGGAGCGACUCGAGGAGCUGGUAAGAGAGUACAAACGUGAGCAGCAGCCACUGCACGAUAUCGAUGAGCUGAUGCAGCUGAAGGCCAGCACUUCGUUGGUCGCACCCGGUGAACCGGUUGGCGUGCUGGCGGCCCAAUCGAUCGGGGAACCGUCGACGCAGAUGACGCUCAACACGUUCCACUUUGCAGGACGUGGUGAGAUGAACGUCACACUGGGUAUUCCUCGUCUGCGUGAAAUUUUAAUGACAGCGACGGAAAAAAUCAAGACACCUUCGUUGGAGAUUCCAUUCCGGCCGCACAAAAAACCGGAACGUCUCGCUGCGGUCGCUGAAAAGCUGCGCAAAUCUUUGAACCGCGUCACGGUUGCCGAUGUCCUAGAAAAUGUUACCAUCAAAUCGAAGCUUGUCUUACAACCGACACGUUGCAUGCAUCACACGUUGCGAUUCAAAUUCCUUCCGCAGGAUGCAUACUGUCAUGAUUAUCGCGUAACACCGAAAGAAAUUAUGAGCCACAUGUCCCGAGGUUUCUUCAAGAUUCUUUUUUCCUUCAUGGCAAAAGCAGAGCGUACUAAAAAUGUCCUAGUGGAUGACGAAACGGGCGGUAGAAAAAAACAGAAAGGCCCGGACGAGGAAGACACCGAAGCGGAUCAGUAUGAACCGGAAGAAGGUACGACCGGGCGGAAUGAUAACCGUGCCUCGGACAGCGAAUCGGAUGACGAUGAUCGCGUCAUGAACACCGAUACGGACGCAACCGAAUCGAACAUGCGCAAAAAGAAAACCGAUGAUGUGGGAUAUGACGACGAAGAGAGCGAGGUUGAUGAGGAAAACAAAGCGAAGGGAGCCAGUACCGGCGACUCCUCAGACACAGAUGAAAGUGAUGGUGAUGAUGAAGGGGUUGAAUCUACCGGCAGGAAAACGAAGCCAGAAGAAGAAGCAGCUAUCGGAAACGAACAGGAUGAAGAGCAGAUAGGGAAAGAAAUUUUAGGAACGCACGCAAGCACGGUCUCGAAGGAUCUACAUGAAUCGGAAGAGAUUCAUAUGCUACGGAGACUAACUGAUCGAGUUUCGGCAUACACUUUCGACAAGGAAAACUAUAGUUGGUGUCAGAUCGUGUUGCAAAUAUCGCUCAAGCUAAAAGACGUUGAUAUGACCAAGGUUAUCCGUGAUGCCGCUGCGCACAGCGUUAUCUGGCAGGUGCCGAUGAUCAAGCGCGCCAUCACGUACACGCAAAACGAUCAGCUGUACCUGAAGACGGACGGCAUCAACAUUCCGGAGCUCGCCAAACACGCCAAGCUGCUUGAUGUUAACCGGCUGUACACCAACGACAUCCACGCGAUGGCCAAGCGGUACGGAAUCGAGGCAGCGUCGCGUGUCGUUGUGAAAGAAAUUCAAAAUGUGUUCAGCGUGUACGGCAUCACGAUCGAUCCGCGCCAUCUGCUGCUGGUGGCGGACUACAUGACCGCGAGCGGGCGCUUCGUCGCAAUGAACCGCGCGGGCAUGGUCGAUGCAUCGCCUUUGCAACAGAUUUCGUUCGAAUCUUCCCUGACUUUCUUGAAAGCCGCGAUGCUGAAAGGUCGAAAUGACCCGUUAAUGUCACCGUCGGCCCGAUUGAUGGUAGGACAGCCGUGUAAGCUCGGCACUGGAGCAUUCACGCUGUACUCGUCAGCGUUGCAAGAUUUCGCUAAAUCAAACCAGUAGUUACUGCAUUAAGGUUUUUGAGAUGUUUUGUGAAGAAUCGUUCAUAAAAGUUAUGCUUAUAUAUUUUUAAUAAACUUUGUAUUAUCGAAAAGUGUU